AUGCCUCAAGUAUUGGAAUCCAAUGAUAUAGAAAAGAAUGAUUUAAAACUCAAUAAAGAAAAUUCUAUAAAUCAAGCAGAAACAAAUGAUCUAACGCUUGUUAAUGAAGAAUCUGAACAUGAAGACAUAUCUAAUAGAAAUGAGGUUGUAGAUAAUGAUCAAAUACAUACAGAAUUGUCCAAAAUUCAAUUUAGCGUGGUCUUCCUCGGUCUAUGCUGUGCCAUGUUCAUGGCUGCUUUAGAUCAAACUAUUGUCACGACUGCUUUGCCAAAGAUAGUGAUAGAUCUCGCAUCUGUUGAUAAAAUUGUGUGGGUUGGAACUGCUUACUUGCUCACUGCGACUUCCUUCCAACCAGCUUAUGGGAAACUUGCUGAUAUUUUUGGUCGAAAAAUCACUUUUUUAGCAGCAAUGCUUAUUUUUGAAUUGGGCAGCAUUUUAUGUGGAGUAUCUUUCAGUAUGAAUAUGCUAAUAAUUUCUCGAUCAGUGGCUGGCCUUGGUGGUGGUGGUAUUUUUGGAACUGCAUUAAUUAUACUUACUGACAUUGUUUCAGUUAAAGACCGUGGUAAAUAUCAAGGAAUUAUUGGUGCUGUAUUCAUUAUUGCAUCUAUCAUAAGCCCAAUAAUUGGUGGAUUAUUCACUGAUAAUGAUAAUUUGGGUUGGAGAACAAUUGAUUCUUUCUACGAAAAGCUUAAACGCAUUGAUUGGUUGGGUUCACUACUGAUUACAUGUUCAAUGAUGGCAUUUCUAUUACCUCUUAGUUGGGGUGGAGUUACAUAUGCUUGGAAUUCUCCUAUUAUUAUUUCUUUAUUGGUUGUUGGUGUGAUACUAUUAGCUUUAUUUAUCUACGUGGAAGGCUUUGUUGUAACUGAACCUCUCGCUCCCGGUCAUUUAUUUAAGGAUCGUAGUAUAGUUGCUUGUUUUGCUGUUAAUUAUUGCCUUGGUAUGAUAUUCUUUUCGGUGAUAUAUUUUCUACCUAUAUACUUUGAAAUUGUUAACGAAGAUUCAGCUACUAUGUCUGGUGUAAAACUUCUUCCUUACAUUGUGGGUGCUGUCAUCACAGUUUUAUUAUCUGGAUUCAUAAUUUCUCAUACAAAGAUAAUUUCGUAUAAAGUAAUUUGUAUAAUUGGUGGUAUAUUAAUCACUAUUGGUACUGGAUUGAUAACUUUAUUUGAUGUAGAUUCAACUCUUGAUCAAGUAAUUGGUUAUUUAUUAAUUAGCGGAUUGGGUGUUGGUGCAGUCGUACAGACUGUAUUUUUAGCGGGUCAAGCAUCCGUAAAAUAUGAAGAUGUCGCGGCUGUUACGUCUUUGAUAACGUUUUUCAGAACUAUUGGUGCUGUAUUCGGGUUAGGAAUUGUAGCUGCUGUAUUUGCAACCGGUUUUGCAGAUAAAAUACAACUUGCUGUUGCUGUUCCAGAUUUACUUAAGAAUUAUCAUCUUCUUCCGGAGAUUUUUAAAUUGCCGACGAAGCGCCAGCUUGUAUCGUCUUUAAGUGUUUCAUUUAGGACAGGAAUUGCAUUUGGAUUGUUGCUAGUGGUAUCGGCUGUGUUUAUCAGGGAUGAAAAUAAUUCAAAACCGAAAGAGGCCAUAAAUAAGUUAUCGUCAUCUAUAACAGCUGUUUUUGUCAGAGAUAAGAAAAAAGCAAAGACAGAAGAGCAUUUAGUUGUAUAA